AAGUGGGUUUUAUUUAAGUGCACAAUAACCAAGGUGUGGGCAGAACUGAACAUAAACUUAAACUGGGAAAACUAAUACAAAAGGAGGACAUGGAGCGAGGAGCAGAGAGACACGGAGAAACACGGAAUAACAUUAAAUACACGGAAGAUUCACAGGGAAACACAGACGACGCGACGAGGAGCACAGGCAGACACACAGUAUAAAUACACACAUCAGGUAAUCAGGAAAUGGCACACAGGAGGGGACACAGCUGGAACUAAUGGACAUACUGAGACACAGACCUACAAAGUAAAGCAGGAAACACACGGACUAUUUUACAACACAAACGCGGGGACCCAAAUGGAGCACAGAGGGAAGACACAGUGGAGGGUUUUGGUCAGUUUGGCCAGUGAUGUCACACCAGCAGUGAAAACACCCUCUCAGGCAGCUAUAAAAGAAAGCAGCAUGAACUCUUUGGAGGAAUCCUGUACAAAGAAGCUUCAGCAGCUCCUCAUCACACGUUGAGACUUAAAGCUCCAACAUGAUCUUGCUCCUCUUCUUGUUCGGUCUGGCUCUGGGUGCUCCUUCUGAGUCUCCUGAUGAAAAUGAAGUGAAGCUCCAACUUGAUGACCACAGAGUUCAACUACUGCGUGAAAGCUGUCCCAUGUUCUGGUACAGCUUCAAUGGCCGCUGCUACAAAUAUGUGGCCACACACAUGACCUGGGCUGAUGCAGAGCUCUACUGUGUGUCACAACGAGCCAACCUGGUGUCUAUCCACAGCAACGAGGAAGAGGAGUUUGUUAAAUCAUUAAUUAAGAACUUUGAUCAUGCUGAGCGAUGGACCUGGAUUGGACUGAGUGACCUCCAUAAAGAAGGCAGAUGGAUGUGGUCUGAUGGUUGUGCAGUGAGUUUUGUCUACUGGCAUGCAGGACAACCAGACAACGGUGGAACAAAUGAACACUGUGUUCACACCAACUUGUUGGACUUAAAGAAGUGGAAUGAUCGCACAUGUUCGCUCAUUUUACCUUCUGUUUGUGCAACACGGAUAACCUGCCCUUAGAAACUAAAAUGUGUAUUUUCCCUGCAUUGUACAGAAGCAAAAACUUUUUUGCACAUGAAUGUUUAAAAUUGCUCCAAAGUAAAAUGAAUAAACAAUUAUACAUGAAAAUUCA